UGCUGUUCGUCCCGGGGCGCGCCCGCAUCUCCUGUAGUCCCUGCCGGCUCCCGGCUCGGGGGGAGACAGCGGCCUCUCCAUCCCAUCCGCCGGGGCUCGGGUCGGUGCCCACGCCCGCGGGAUGCCCAGCGCUCCGCAGGCGCCCGCGCGGCCGCCCAAAGAAGCCCCCGAGCAAGGACCCCGCGCUGGCCGCGCCAUGGCGGCCGCCGGCGGGGACGCGGCGCAGCUCUGCAAGUCCAACACCACCUGGAAGCACUUCUUUCUAAACAUCUCAGCAAAGGAUGGGUUACAUCCAAGGCAUCUUAUCCCAGAGCUUUGCAGACUGUUUUAUGGUUUAGGCUGGGUAACAGGAACUGGUGGAGGAAUCAGCUUGAAACAUGGGGAUGAAAUAUACAUUGCUCCUUCAGGAGUCCAAAAGGAAAGAAUACAGCCAGAAGAUAUGUUUGUUUGUGACAUGAAUGAACAGGACAUCAGUGGUCCUCCACUUCACAAGAAACUAAAGAAAAGCCAGUGCACACCUCUUUUUAUGAAUGCCUACACUAUGAGAGGGGCAGGCGCAGUCAUCCAUACACAUUCCAAGGCUGCUGUUAUGGCUACCCUUCUUUACCCAGGAAGUGAGUUCUCUAUUACCCAUCAGGAGAUGAUCAAAGGAAUCCAGAAGUGUACUUCAGGAGGCUAUUACAGAUAUGAUGAUACACUAGUGGUUCCUAUUAUUGAGAAUACACCAGAAGAGAAGGAUCUCAAGGAGAGGAUGGCACGUGCAAUGGAAAAAUACCCAGACUCUUGUGCUGUCCUGGUCAGACGUCACGGUGUUUAUGUAUGGGGAGAGACAUGGGAAAAAGCCAAAACCAUGUGUGAAUGUUAUGACUACUUGUUUGAUAUCGCAGUGCAGAUGAAGCAGCACGGGCUAGAUCCUUCAAAACAUCCAGCAGGAGAAAAUGGGAUCUUGUAAAUGUCAACAACAUUUAUGCUCAGGUUUCUCAGAUGAUGAUGGGAGUUCCAGCUUUCACCCCACACUACUGAAGCCAGAAGGGGGUGCUGAUCCUCAGCUGAUUGACAAAUGUCAGCAGGAACAUUUAACUGUUAAAUGCACCCAAGAAUUAAAGGAGAGUUAAAAAAACCCAACUACUGAACAAUCAUUGCAAUUUACAAGUCCUGUCGAAUGCCACAGUACGAGGAAUGAAAAUUCAGAUGCAAAAAGACUUUGAAAAACUUUGGAGAACUAAUGUCACAUUUUGGUUUUGUGCCUUAAAAAUUCAUAUUUCAACAACCUGCAUUUGUUGAUCCUGCCCUAAUGCUAUGUCAUUUAACUUGAAAUAAAUGCAUUUCUGAAGGUUAUUAUAGCUUUUAUUCUUCCAGAAAAAAGUGAGGACAGCCCCUUAUUUAGAAAUUAAUAAAGUUUAAAGCAUUGUUUGAA